AUGGAAAAGCUCGAUGAUCUCCUGAUCGCCAAGGCUUGGGCACUUCUCUCGGUGUACUUGAGGAACCAAUUAUGGGGCCAUGAUUGGGGUAACAACUUUAAGUUGCCUCGUCAAACCAACACAAUCGGAUUGGCUGGGGAGAUUGAUCCAUCCCCUUUUCCUCCGACCGGUCGCCAUGAAAGCGACCUCAGUCAUAGAUUCGACUUUUAUGCCCGGUCCCAUGGCCAUUCCAGGUUAAGGAAUGGGAAAAGAAAGCUUGUUCUUUCCCUAGGACGGGAUGACCUCGACACUAAUAUGGUGAAACGAAGCUGUUAA